AUGAGUACAGAUGACGGAUUCAGUUCUGAUGAAGAAAGAAAAGAAGAAGAAGUAAUUUUAUUAGCUUUAUUGUUGAAUCGAAAAAGAAAAAUUUGGGUCCAUAACAUUAAUAAAAAAAGAAAUGUAUUUGGCGAAUUCCAUCACUUGCUUGACGAUUUGGAAGAUCGUUUUUAUACCUACUUUCGAAUGAGUGAGGAAUAUUUUGAAGAAUUGCACUGCUUGUUAAAGCACAAACUUCGUAAGAAGAAUACUAACUGGAGGAAAGCAAUAGGAACAAGAGAAAGACUUGCAAUUUACUUAAGAUAUUUGGCAACGGGCGCCUCGUAUAGCAGUAUAGCAUUCUCUUAUAGAGUGGGAGUAACUACCGUGGCAACAAUAGUAAAAGAAACUUGUGAGGUGAUUUGGACAGUACUGCAGCCUUUGUAUAUGCCCACACCCACUGACGAAACUUGGAGGAAAAACGAGCUCGGAUAUAGACAUAAUAUGAAAUAUCCUAAUUGCGUGGGUACGAUCGAUGGCAAGCAUGUUUAUCUUAAAUGCCCGCCUAACAGUGGCACUGCAUUUUAUUGCUAUAAGAAAAGGUUCUCCUUAAUACUACUUGGUGUUGUCGAUCCCAAUUACAUGUUUACUGUGAUUGAUGUCGGUGGAUAUGGAAAAGAUAGUGACAACACUAUAUUUGAAAAUUCGGCAUUUUAUCGUGAAUAUAUUCUUGGAAAAGAAAUCCUACCACCUAAACCACUUCCCGGUUUCAAUGAUCCUAUGCCUCACGUACUUCUAGGGGAUGAAGGUUUUGCUUUAGAAAAAUAUAUCAUGCGGCCAUACGAUAAACGAAGUGCUAUGAGAAAUGAGGAUAUGAAAACCUAUAACAGUUACCAUAAUAGGGCAAGAAGAAUAUCUGAAAAUGCUUUCGGCAUUCUCGUACAAAAAUGGAGAAUAUUCCAUACACCGAUAGAAUGUGGAAUAAAUACAGCUUGUUCUUUAGUAAAGAGUGCGUGCUGUUUACACAAUUUUCUAAGAAGCAAGAAUAUUGUAACCUGGAGUGAAUGCCACACAUUUGAUACAAGUACAAUAUCAUUAUCGGCUGUAACACCCCUAAGACCAAAUAUUCGAAGAAGCAACACGGAGGCUUUCAGAGUACGAGAACAAUUCAAGACUUAUUUUAACGUUACAUAA